ACCCCCCGGGGACCACCUUGGUUACGCAGAACGCAAACGAACGAGGUCACCUCAGAGUAAAAAUCGAUCGCCAUCUUGUUUUCAUUAUCGCCAUCGUCAUUAAGCAGCAGCUAUGGUGUACCGUCCCAGUGGCCUUCGAUCUCUUGGCCUGAUACAGAUUUUUAUAGGGGUACUGAUGGUGGUGUUCGGAAUUUGUGCUAUGGCCGCGGUACAUCACUGGAGUUCUUUUAGUGCUUGUGGGCUGUGGAUCGGAACUUGGGUCAUCUUGACUGGUGUGUUUGGUUAUCUUGGAUCAAAGUCUGAUGACAGGCCUAACACUUGUUUGAUUGGAUUAAUGAUUGGUUUCAGUGCAACAGCCUGUGUCUUUACCGGCAUCAUGUUUAUCAUAUAUUGCAUUGCAUUGUCUGAAUUUUCUCAACGAAUUCGCUGCGGAGAACAUGGAAAAGGGACUGACCUUGAUUGCCGUCUCUAUGGUUAUGAGGAAAACAUUUCCUAUAGCUUAGCUAAAGUCGGGGCAGGAGUUGGUGCUAUACUCCUCAUCCUUGCUUUAGUUGAGUUCUUUGUUGCUCUCACUUCAUCAGUUUAUGGCUGUAAUGCUAGCUGUUGUGGUACUACUACUACAGCUGGUGUUGUCCAGGCAAACCAGCAAGUGACUUACCUGAACCAACCAGGGCAGAAUGUUACAGUCCUCAGUUCUUCACAUGGUACGGUUUUACCACCUGGUAGUACUGUCCAGACAUUUACUACUUAUCCUGGACAGCCAAUGGUCUUGCAAACUGGAAAUCCACAGAUGAUUCCUUCUGGUGGGGUGCAGACCUUCCAGAACAGCUACCCAGUACAGCCUGGCAUACAAACUGUGCAACAUUGAAUUAUUUAUGGAUCAUGUUAUUGGUUAUUUAUUUAUUGAAUUAUGUAUUUUUUUAGAUUUGAGUUAUUACUGACAAAGCACAUUUUUUUACUCAAAUACACAAUGAAUAUAAUAAUUGCACAUAUGCACCUUAUAGCCUCCUCCACAAGCAUCUCCUUUAGACUCCUAGGGCUUCCUGUGGAGAGGAGAAUAAACUGAGGGGGAAGGGGAGAGAAAAAAGAAAACAAAAAGAAGAUCCACAGUUCUUCUCUGCCAUAUACUUGACACAGGAACCCCAAUUACUUUCUGGAGAAUAAAAUUAAUAUGGAGUAGCCUGUGGGGAGGCUAUAACUAGGAGAUAAUGACUAUUAAAGUCGAAAAGGUCUAUUAUAAUGUAAUAACAAUACUGCAAUUUAAAAUGUUGUUCACAACCCAAA